GAAAACGGAUGUAUUUUUAACCUAAUUUGUGUUGCCUAAAACUCUAUUUGCGUCUCCCCAUUUCUUUCCACCAGUUCUCAAUUCCAGCGAUGAGCUUAGCGUACGCUUCGGAUGGCGGCAGCUCCACGGAGAGCGAAGACGGCGGCAUCUACGAAGCUAAUAUUAAAUCCGAGCUUACCGUCGAUAGCUCAGCUGAAAUUGCACCUGCGUCUGAUAUUGUCAAGGCAGAAGCUGAAGUUGUCGAGUCUCCCGAAGAUGACUCACUUCUCAACGACGAACACCCGAUCGUCAAUGCCUCAACUCCAGCUACAGAGCAGCAGUCCACCGAAAUUACCACUCCGCCGUGCUGCUCGGCCUGUGGAUACCCACUACUUGUUGUCCCACAGGCCGAAAUUAUGAAGGCCGCCAACAUGCUGGACUGCAAGUGCUGUCUAUUGGUGCUACCAGAAUCGAGUUACUCCAACACACAACGAGGCGAAGCCAGAAAAGAUAUUCGCAAGUGCAAAGCAUGCACUGGUAAUGUAGUACGAGGAGCGCCACCGCUCGUGAGGCCCACGAGAGAGAAGCCUCAAAUACCGCAGAAGCUCCGGUCGACCAAAACGGAGAAGCGCAACAAAGAAGCGAGCGCCGUGUUCGUGAACAAAGUGGGGAGACUGAAAAUGGCCAAGCGUGCGUUGCUAAGGAAGCGCACGGAGGCGGCCAAGUUGAAAGCCACUAAGAGACGAGAGGAGUACGAGCAGCAGCUGGAUAAGGAAGAGAAAGACCUGGAGAGACAAUCGGCGCUGCUCAAGCGUGAAAACCCGUCGACUUUUAAUGCUCUUAUGAACGAAUUAAAGGUAAAGAAGCCCCGGACAGCUGGAGUCGGUAAGAAGAAAAAGAAAGCAGCCCCAAAGCCGCGAGCGAAGCGUAAAGCGGAGACUGAUGGGGAGCAGGCAAAGAAGAAGAAAAAGGGGCCUGCGGUGGACUUAUCCGUGUACGUGCCACCAGCUUCUUCAGCGGACGAAGUUCCAGCGCGACGUAUGCCGACGCGAUCGAGGGCGAAAACGCAGUCGCAAGAGGUUGCUGUUAAAGCGGAGCCUGACGUGAAGACGGAGCCGAAGAUGGAGAUCAAGACGGAAUAAAUCAAGCAGUUUUGAUCAUUAUUGAGUCUUUCCAAUUUUGUAUCCAUUUCUAAAUAGCUAACUUAGCUAUAUUGUCCUGGCAGGUUGGCAUCUCGACGUCGGAUCUUUAGCGUCAGUCUCUUAUCGUCGCAGCUUUGAUCACACUCGAUCGCAUCCAGCUGGACACUAUUUAUCACCGACGCAAUUACCGUCUUAAUUUCCACCAGGGCGAUGUCAGCGCCAAUACAAGCACGUGGGCCACCUAGGAAGGUAUUAAACUUGUAGCUGGACACAGGACGUAGUCUGUUGUUUGCUGUGUCGAUCCAACGCUGAGGUCGAAAUUGAGCACUGUCAGGCCCCCACACGUUCUCUCGUCUAGCCAUACUAUACAGAUCCAUCACCACUUCCGUUCCAGCAGCAACGAAUGUGCCGUCACU